AUGGCCCCAAAGGACGGGGCAUUGCCCCCCAUAUGGGACGACUUGGACUGGCAAAUGGGCCAGCUUUUUAUGAUGGGCUUUGACGGUACAACGAUUGACGGCCAAAUUCGAUCGCUCAUAGAGAAUUAUCAUGUUGGUAGUAUCAUAUUGACAGCGAAGAACCUUAAGUCUGCUGAGGAAACUACGAAACUCAUUCUGGAGUUACAAACCAUAGCGCGGGAUGCGGGCCAUCCAGUUCCACUAAUGAUUGCUUUAGACCAGGAGAAUGGAGGAGUCAAUAGUCUGUAUGAUGAGAUAUUUAUACGACAAUUCCCAAGUGCCAUGGGUAUCGCUGCGACGGGUUCCAAGCGACUCGCGCAUGAAGUUGCGUCGGCUACUGCUCAGGAGUUGAGAGCCGUCGGUGUUAAUUGGAUCCUGGGUCCGGUCUUGGAUGUUUUGACCAACGUGCGCAGUCAGCCGAUCGGCGUUCGGACAAGCGGCGAUGAUCCCCAAGAAGUCUCGCAAUACGGCGUUGAAACCAUGAAAGGUUAUCAAGAGGCAGGAUUAGUCACCUGCGGUAAACACUUCCCUUCCUACGGCAAUAUAGAGUUUGUCGGUUCACAAACCGACGUUCCCGUCAUCACCGAGUCACUGGAGCAAUUAAGUCUGAGUGCUUUGGUUCCCUUCCGCAAUGCCAUAGCAAACGGCCUUGAUGCGGUAAUGGUGGGUGGCGUUGCCAUGUCUUCUGCUGGAGUGAACGUAAUGCACGCUUGUCUGUCGGAACAAGUUGUGGAUGGUCUGUUGCGCAAAGACUUGAAAUUCGAUGGAGUCGUGGUUUCUGAAUGUCUGGAAAUGGAAGCGCUUACACAUAAUAUUGGCGUGGGCGGCGGGACAGUUAUGGCAAUGAAGGCUGGCUGUGACCUGAUCCUUCUAUGUCGUUCUUACCCCUAUCAACUAGAAGCGUUGAACGGACUGAAGCUCGGAGUUGAGAAUGGCAUGAUCAGUCGCUCGCGAAUCAGACAAUCCCUGCAAAGAGUUCUCGCUAUGAAGGCUCGUUGCACGACAUGGGAACAAGCCUUGAAUCCUGGAGGUAUCAAUUCUUUAACCCAACUGCAACCAUCUCACACUAGCCUUUCUACUCGCGCGUACGACAGCUCGAUUACUCUCGUUCGUGACAACAACGACUUACUUCCCUUACCGCAAAUUCUGGAGCCAGAUGAGGAACUCCUCUUACUGACACCAUUGGUGAAGCCCUUACCUGCAUCGGCCGUUUCGCGGUCAAUGUUAGAUAUGAUGACCACUUCACCCGAUCCUUCAGCCUCGUCAGAGAAGGGCUCGUCAAUAACCAGCGGCGAGAGUGUCUUUAGAGAGUUUGGGCGCUCACUUGCUCGCCAAAGGUCUGGUCGAGUGCUCCACACCUCCUACACAUCUACUGGAGUACGUCCGAUACACGAGAGUCUGAUUGAUCGAGCUAGUGCCGUCGUCAUACUCACAGCAGACUCCAACCGGAAUCUGUACCAGCACGGAUUUACCAAACACGUGUCGAUGAUAUGCAAGUCGCAGUAUUCCCAGACUGGGGAACGACGCGAAAAACCAGUAAUUGUGGUUGCAGUAAGCUCGCCAUAUGACUUCGCCAUAGACCCGUCUAUAGGCACGUAUAUAUGUACAUAUGACUUCACCGAGACGGCGUUACAGGCGCUCGUCAAAGUUCUUUAUGGUGAACUCUCACCUACAGGCUCCUUACCCGGCACGAUCAGUCGCAGCCAGAAGAUCCACCAGUCACGCCAGCACUGGCUUGUCGAAACGUGGAACGAAGAGCGCGACAGUGAAGCUCUUGAUGCGCUACUCGACGCUGUCCGAGAAAGCGGCUCGCACGCUGAAUUGACGCAUGUCUCGUCUCAUAGCUUCCUUCUCCGAAACGACGACGUUGAUGAAGCACAUUUCGUUGUGCGGAAUAGUACGACGCAGGCUUUAUAUGGCUUUUGUUCGACAUAUUUCUUCCGGUCGACUGGGACCGGAGUUAUCGGUUCGAUCAUCGUGGACCCCACGAGACGAAAGCUUUCGAUAGGACACUCGCUUCACAAUCGCGCAAUCCGAAGCUUACUGCAACGCAAAGGAGUGAAGCGAUUCCAAUUAGGAUCUCGCUUACCAAGCAUAUACCUGGGCAUCCCCGCAGCUAACCCUGUUGAACGCAAAAGACUACGGCAGUGGUUCGCUCAAUUAGGAUGGAACACGGCAUUGUCACGACCUGUAUGUAGCGUCUUGCUCCGUCCACUGUCAUCGUGGACUGCCCCCGAGGGUCUUGCAAAAAGCCUACACACGAAUGAGGUAGACUACGACCUUGUUCAUGGCUGGGAAUACGCAGAGUCCAUAUUCGACCACAUCAAGACAAAUUCUCGUCAGGGUGUAAUGGAAAUCUACAAAAUGGCACUCAACGGCGCACCACACUCGGGUGUUAUUCGCGCAAAGCGACCCGAAGAUGGUKCUAUAUUGGGCAGUGUGGUAAUAUACAACAGUCAAUCGGCGAUAGCGGAAUAUAUCCCGGCCUUGCAUAAGAAAGAUAAGGAAAAGGAGAAGGUAAAUGGCAGCAAUUCUAGCGCGAAUGGAAGCAGCAACGGCGUUACUGCAGGAGGCGGAGGAGUUUCGUCACCAGUCAUCUCGCCAUCGGUCGGUGAAUAUGCGACGUUGAUGCAGGGUUUGAUUCUUUUAGGGAUUAAACAAGUUCGGAAGUCUGGGGCAGAUGCAGUUAUGCUCGACUGUGUCGACGGCGACGGAAACUUUGACAGUCUAACGGCAAUGGGAUUCACCGUACUUCACACCUUUGAAGAAGUUACCUGUGACGCGACGACGUGGAAGUUGAUGCAGCCAUCAUAA